AAAAUUUAUACCAGCCUUGGUUUUCAGUUGCACGGAAAAAGCCUACAGCCAGCAACUGUGAAAAUCUACUCUGAUCCAGAUAAUUCAGUCAGGACGAGCAAAAUAAUGUCUGAGGAACAUCCAGAAAUGAGCAAUGCUCCUGAUGAUGAAAGGGAACCUCCAGAAGGGUCCAGUGAUGGGGAUGAACCCUCAAAGGGACCAACAUCAGACCCUCCUCAGCUUACAGAAAGGGAUAUUGAGAAAAUGGAGGAGGAAAAGCUGAAGGCCAGAUACCCACAAUCUGUGAAGCCAGCUGCUGGGCAUUCCAUGUUCUUGCAGAAACGACUCACAAAGGGGCAAAAAUUCUUCGACUCUGGAGAUUAUCAGAUGUACAAGCAGCAGGGGAAGUUGGGAUUCAACAAGCUACGUGGAGCAGGCCUGAACCAAACUAUGGCACAGCCCACAGGGGAGGCCAUCCCAACUCCCGAGACUGUACCUGCCCGCAAGGCCUCCAUCAUCCAGCACACAAAGUUUAAUCCAGUCACCUCAACAUGAGCAUGUCAUCUUUUGUGAUGUCGAAGGACCUUCUCUAUCUCCCGUUUCUGCAAUUGAUGGACUUUUUCUUUGGAUGAUCCCAAUCAUUGUAGAUAUGGCCGUUUGGGCAGUCCUGUUUGUUUCAUCGUGAUGUGUUCCACGAAUCCAUUCUUUAUGAUUGUCAAUGUCUGAUAGGUUUGACUUGGUAGCUCUGGUUUCAUUUACAUGUACCUUGUAUUGUAGGAUGGAUUUUCAAAGCCUGAGUGGGCAGUAUAGACAUGCCUAUCGAGUGUCCUGUGGAGUGUAUAUCUCUCAUUUUGGGCUUUGGAAUUUGGUGGUAGACUUAGAUGUAUUUCUUCACUAGCUAGGCUUCAUUCAAAAAAUGUUUUACAACUGCAGUUUUGUAACUACCUUUGUAACAGCUGAUUUGAAGAAGAUUGGGUCCAUUGGUUGAGGUUGCAUUUGGGAGAUAAAAAUCCAUUCAGUUUUAGAACAAGACUGUUUUGAUACCAUGGCAAUGCUACCAUAAGUACUUCUUCCAUGUUGAUAUGGUAAAUUAAUUGAAGAUUAUAAAGAAUGUGGCAUAUGGAUUGAUCUAAUUUGCCAGUCAAGAUUGAACUCGAGUAUUUUUUAAGAAUGGGUAGGACUCUCCCUUCAUCAUGAAGGCUUUGUGAAUUUACAAUCACUACUGCCCCCUUUGAAUUUUGUGAAAUUAUCCUCCACUUAUUGGGCAUGCAUCAAAUCAUCUUGAUCUUCUGCCAUGGUCCAUAUCUCUGUUGCUGAUUACAAAUAAAGUUUGCAUCCAGGAACUCUGUCACCCCAUAUAGGUGUGCUAAUAUGGAGUGUUGCAGAUGGGAGAUUCAUUAAUGGUUGUUACUUUUCAUGGUACAGUUUCUUCAGUCCUCUCCCUGGUGAGGCAGAGUGUCAUGUAACUUUCCCCUGUACCCCCUGUGAUAAAGAAGAAAAGCAAAGCUACUCAUUCUUGUACUUCGCAUCUGGCAUCUCUUCAUGAAGGCAGUUCCUGAAUAAAUGUGCCAUGCACAAAUA